AUGUGUGCCAUCACCGGCCUACGGUUCAGCAGCACCAGUGACCUUCUAGCUCUCAGCUGUGACGAUCUUUCCAUCCGUGUAAUCGACAUUCAGACGAAAAAGCUAGUCCGUGAGCUCUGGGGAUGUGUUGGCCAGGUUAACGACUUUAGCAUCUCAAAUGACGGACGCUGGAUCGUUGCUGCCUCCAUGGACUCGGUUAUCCGCGUCUGGGAUCUGCCAACUGGCCAUCUGAUUGAUGCAUUUAGGCUGAAGAAGACAUGUGUUGCCCUCUCAUUUUCAAGCACUGGCGAGUUCCUUGCUACGGCCCAUGCAGAGAGCGUAGGGAUCAACCUUUGGAAUAAUAAGAGUCUAUUUAUGCAUGUUCCGACAAGACAUAUCGAGGAAGAUACAGCUGUAGUGGUUGAAGCUCCAACCGCAUCAGGAGAGGGCGGAGUUGCUAUGAUAGAGGCAGCCUUUGAUGAAAGCGAGUUGCCAGAUAACCAGAAACAGCCUGUGCUUACCCCUGACCAGCUUUCUCAUAACAUGAUGACUUUGAGCAUGACUCCAAAGACCAGAUGGCAGACCCUACUGCACCUUGACACUAUAAAGCAACGAAAUAAGCCGAAGGAAGCCCCGAAGAAACCAAAGAAAGCUCCCUUUUUCUUGCCGUCUAUCGAAUCAAAAUCUUCAUCCGGUGCAGCAAGUAUAGGCAAUGCCUCUGCAGACCAGGAUGAAGACGAUAGGAACAGUCUCCAAGCUGAAAGGAGCCGCAUUGCGCGGAUACAGCGAAUUAACGGAUCUGCAGGUGGGCAGUUAUCGAAGUUCACAACCUUGCUGCACUCCGCUGGACAAGCUGAUGACUUCACUCCAUUUAUCGAGUACCUGAAAUUGCUCUCCCCAGCAAACACUGAUCUAGAGAUACGCUCACUCGAUCCAAGGAGCCAGGAUGGCCAGGAUAAUGAGCUAGCCCUCUUUGUCCGUGCGCUGACGGAGCGUCUCCGCCAGAAGCGAGACUUUGAGUUGGUCAACACAUGGAUGGCUGUUUUUCUGCGUGUCCACGACGAUGCCGUCGAAGCAGCGGUUGGGCCCCAGUCAUCCGAGGGCAACGGGACCAUCUUCGGGCCGAAUGUGGCUUUGCAGCAGGCUCUGAGAGAGUGGAAGGCUGAGCAGGAGAGCGAAGCCAAGCGGCUGGCUGAUCUGGUCAGCUACUGUCGUGGCAUUGUUGGCUUCUUACGCUCAGCACGAUAA